AUGCUGUGGUUGGCAUCUUCACGACCACUUCGACGGUCUGUUGCAAGACCACUGAGCAUUGCAACAUACAGUACACAACGCGGCAAUCCAUUACGAAUCUUGUUUUGUGGCUCAGAUGAGUUCAGUUGUCACUCGCUAAAAGCUCUUCACAAGAAGCACAAAGAUGAUCCAAGUCUUAUCGAGUCUAUUGAUGUGCUGGUUCGGCCAUCGAAGCCCACCGGGAGAGGAUUGAAGCAAGUGACUGAAGUCCCAAUAGCAUCAGUAGCCAGGGAACUUGGUCUUCCUCUAUCAACGUUACCACACGACACUUUCACAAAUUGGUUUAAAUGCAUCAACCUCAUCAUCGCUGUCUCAUUCGGCCGUUUUGUCCCACCACGGCUCCUAAACCAAGCAGAAUACGGCGGUCUCAACGUCCACCCUUCCCUCUUACCCGACCUCCGCGGUCCUGCUCCCCUCCACUACGCCCUCCUAAACCGCUACACCCACACCGGCGUCUCCAUCCAGACCCUCUCCCCCCACUCCUUCGACACCGGCACCGUCCUAUCCCAAACCCCCCUCCCGGGUAUCCCCAUCCCGCCCAACUCAACCCUUACCUCCCUCACCUCACUCCUCGCCCCCCUCGGCGCCUCCAUGCUCGUCUCCUCCCUCUCAUCCGGUUUCCACCUCCCACCCCACAAAGACGUCUCCUGGCAACCCCCCUAUCCCAUCCGACACGCCCCCAAAAUCCGCACAGUAGCCAGACAAAUUCCCUGGCUCACCCCCUCCAUCUCAACCCUCUCUACCAACCUCCCCUCCUCCGCCCCCCAUCUAGAAGACAUCGCCCACCAACACCACAUCCUCGGCCCCUUAUGGUCCAAACUCGUCGUCCGCACCCCAAAAAAAGAACAGAAUAAACCAGCCGCUGCGACGACAUCUCCUACAUCCUCGACCUCACCUCCCCCGACCUCCCACCCGCCGUCGCAAACGAGGUGGCCUCCGCGCUGGAAAGGUGCAAAGAAGACCCCUGGGCGGAGGAGCAAGUCCCUGUUCUGGAGUGGCUUCAGAUCGGGGACGACGAGCAGCAAGUGCCGGAGUGGUACCCCCCGCAGCCAGAGUCGUUGGAGAUGUUUGAGCGGGUUGUUGCGCUGGAGAGGGGAGAAAUUUCAUCCGUUGAUGCUGCUGCGGGAGUAG